CCUCCCUGCGCCGUGCGCUGCCCGCUCGCAGCGCUCCAUGGCGGGGCCGGCGGCCGUGCGGCGGCGGGGCCGGUGCUGCGGGGCGCUGCUGGUGCUGCCGGCCGUGCUGGUGAGCUGGGCCGCCUGCCAGGCGCCGCCGGUGCCCGCCGCGCAGCCCCCCCCGGACGGCGCCGAGCUCCGCGUCGAGCGGCGCUUCGUGCCCGAGAGCUGCCCGCGGGCCGUGCGGCCCGGAGACUUCGUGCGCUACCACUACCUCGGCUCCUUCCCCGACGGCACCCGCUUCGACUCCAGCUAUGACAGAGGAUCCACGUUCAACGUGUUUGUGGGAAAAGGUCAACUUAUUGCUGGGAUGGACCAAGCUCUGGUUGGGAUGUGCGUGAACGAGCGGCGCUUUGUGCAGAUCCCCCCCAAGCUCGCCUAUGGAAGUGAAGGUGUCUCUGGUGUGAUACCCCCCAAUGCUGUGCUCCAUUUCGAUGUGCUCCUGAUAGAUCUUUGGAACUUGGAGGACGAAGUGCAGGUUCAGACUUACUUCAAACCUGAGAAGUGUCCUCGGACAGUGCAGGUGUCUGACUUCGUACGAUACCAUUACAAUGGAACAUUCCUAGAUGGGACCCUGUUUGAUUCAAGCCAUAAUCGGAUGCGGACUUAUGAUACCUAUGUAGGAAUUGGGUGGCUGAUUCCUGGUAUGGAGCAGGGUCUCUUGGGAAUGUGUGUAGGAGAGAAGCGUAUAAUCACAAUACCACCUUUCCUGGCAUAUGGAGAAGAAGGAGAUGGUAAGGAGAUUCCUGGCCAAGCAUCCCUUGUCUUUGAUGUGGUUUUGCUGGACCUCCAUAACCCCAAAGAUGGCAUUGCUAUUGAGAACCAGCAUGUGCCCGAGUCCUGCGAGCGGAGGAGCCAGGCGGGGGAUUUCCUCCGGUACCAUUACAACGGCACGCUCUUGGAUGGCACAUUGUUUGAUUCCAGCUAUUCACGGAACCGCACGUAUGACACCUACGUUGGGCAAGGUUAUGUCAUUGCUGGAAUGGAUGAGGGUUUGCUUGGUGUGUGCACUGGUGAAAAAAGGAGAAUAAUCAUCCCCCCUCACCUUGGAUAUGGAGAAGAAGGAAGAGGGAAGAUUCCAGGAUCUGCAGUGCUGGUCUUUGACAUCCGUGUUGACUUCCACAACCCCUCAGAUUCAGUCAGCAUUACUGUGAACUAUAAACCUUCCAACUGCACCGUCCUGAGUAAGAAGGGAGAUUACUUGAAGUAUCACUACAAUGCUUCGCUCCUGGAUGGUACCUUGCUAGACUCAACACACAGCCUUGGCAAGACCUACAACAUGUCCUGGGGUCCUGGGCAGGUGGUGGUGGGGAUGGACAUGGGCCUGCAAGACAUGUGUGUUGGGGAACGCCGAACAGUCGUUAUUCCACCUCAUCUUGGGUAUGGAGAAGAUGGAGUUGGAGAAGUGCUGGUAAGUGCUGUAUUGGUUUUCGACAUUGAACUGCUGGAACUGGUGUCUGGCUUGCCCGAAGGGUACAUGUUUGUGUGGAAUGGGGAAGUCUCUCCCAAUCUGUUUGAAGAAAUAGACCAGAAUCAUGAUGGAGAGGUUCUUUUGGAAGAGUUUUCAGAGUACAUCCAAGCUCAAGUCGAUUCGGGCAAAGGAAAACUAGCUCCUGGUUUUGAUUUUGAAAAGAUCGUGAAAAACAUGUUCACCAAUCAAGACCGGGAUGGAAAUGGUAAAGUGACCGCUGAGGAAUUCAAGUUGAAGGACCAAGAGGCCAAAGAGGAACACGAUGAAUUGUAAAGAUCCAAAAAGCAGAGUCCUGAGCUGAGCUACUGUUUGAACGUGCGUACUGGAAGGGGUUUGGGCAGGCAUGUUUCUGAAAGGUCAGCGCUCAGACACACAGCCUGUGUCUGUCUGUCCGCUGUGCUGGCAGGCUGCUACAUGGCAAGAGGUUUUGCAGUUGGAAUCGUUAGGUCUAUUUGAAGAAAGCGUUCAGUGCCUCAAGACAGGAUGUGUCAACAGAGCGUACGGCUGGACGUGAGCCACGGGGGCUGGCUUUGUGCUAAACAUUAGAUGUUCUCAUUGAGCAACACACGGGCACUCGGGUGGGUGGUGGAUGGAUGGAUGGAUGGAUAAGGGAUGGGCGAAUAGAUGGGUGGAUGGAUGGAUGGAUAAUGGAUGGGUGGAUGGAUGGAUGGAUAAUGGAUGGGUGGAUGGAUGGAUAAUGGAUGGAUGGAUAAUGGAUGGGUGGAUGGUAGAGAGAAAACUUACCGAGUGCUUUUAAAAGCAUUUUAAGAUACUUUCUGUACCUGAAAUAUUCGUGCAGGAAAAUGAACCAGAAAACAUUCCCCAUGAAAAUAACCUGUCAAAUGGGCAGCCCUUGAGCCCUUUCAGAAGGCAUGAGCUCUCCUUCCAGUACCUGAACAGCCUCCCAGGACUCUUUGCCAUCCGAUGUGCGAAUUGCAGAGCAUGCAGCUGCUAGCUAUGCCAUUGCAGAAUUCCAUAAGCUGUGAAUUAAAUUAAACAGGCCUAGAAUUGUACCCGUGUGUGUGCUGGGUUUUCACCUUCCGGAGUAAAAGUCUGCUACCAGCUGCCUUGUAUUUCAUUAGUAACCCUGACUCUGGCUGGCCUGUUCAAACAGUUCCCCUCAGCGAUGCCCAAACCUCCCUAGCUGCAACCUUAUUUAUAGUGUUGUUAGACUUCAAGUAUUGCUAUUCCGGGGUCCAAAUACUGUCAGAAAUACUGGACACGAUCGAUGUUGUGUUGGGCGUCUGUCUCCUGUAUUGGGAAUUGUUAGAGGGAGGAGGAAGGACAUGGAGCAGAGCAGUCUGGCACGGCAAACACCCAAAAAGACAGUGACACGAUCAAUAGAUCCCUCUGUGUCUGCAAAGGUUCUGGCCGGUCCCUCCAUAUCAGAUCAGCCCCGGGAGUGCUCCUGGGACAAGCACCCUUUAGGUCUGUAGACCAGGCUGUUGAGUAGGAAAUACACAAACCCCCUUAGUAUGACCCCCCCUCAGUACACUGCAUGUAAAGAGCACAAAUACACCUCUGGUGAGACACUGUUGAGGACAAGGAGAAGGGGAUUCGUGUUCCAUUAUCUGCUUUGUGUCUAGUCUCUUGCUUUUCUAGAUCUGUAUGUGUGGGUUGGGGGCUCCCCGAGACCCUCUUUUUAAAACCUGGUAUUUCAAUUGGAUGAAAACAUUUUGUAUCGGGGUUUUUAAUACAGUUGUUAUAGAAGGAGCAGUGAAAUAUUUUGUUUGGAGUUUGAUACCGUUAAAUGUCGGGUUACUGAUCUUUUUGUUAAAUAAAAUGUUGAUGAAUUGUUA